GGCGGGGUGGGUGGGGAGCCAGCGAGCGAGAGGGAGGGGGAGGAGGAGAAGAAGAAGAGAGCAGGCGCGCACCGGCUGUGGGCGCGAGCGAGCGAGCGAGCGCGCGCGACGCCCGCCCCCCUGGACGCGAGCCCCCCUCCAUGUGAAUGUGAGCGGCGGGGGUGAGCGCCCCCCGCGCCCGCUUCCUCCUUCCCCUGCCGCCAGAGCGAGCGCCCCUUGGCCCAGACCCGCCUCCCCACCGGCUGUGGUAGCCGCGGCGGGCGGCGGCGGCUGCGCUCAGGUGCGGAGUCCACUCCGGACCCGAAAGCAAUGGCGUCCAACGCGGCGGAGAGGGAGAUCUUCCUCACGGACCUGCAGCAGUGGGCAAGUUAGAGCCUGAAGUAAGUCAAAAGAGAGUAGAAGUCUGGAAAAAUUGUGGGUUCUUUCUGCCUUCCUAGUGAUCAUGUAAACAGUAGCAGGGUUGGAAUCUUUGGCAUACAGAGACUGAAGUUCCCUGCAAACAAAUGAUGGGUGAAGGUCUCAAAAUUGGAGAUGUGCGAAAUAUCGUUGUGUCUGAGAAUGUGAAUGUUGGACAGAAAUUUGAUUACUCUGACAUGAUGGUACAGCAAAAGUUGGAUGAAGAAAAGGACCAAAUUAAACGGGAAAUAAGGAAGGAACUUAAAAUCAAAGAAGGAGCAGAAAACCUCAGGAAGGUCACUACAGAUAAAAAAAACUUGGCUUAUGUGGACAAUAUUUUGAAAAAAUCAAACAAGAAACUAGAAGAAUUGCAUAAUAAAUUACAAGAAUUAAAUGCCCAUAUUGUUGUGACAGAACCUGAAGAUGUUGCAGAUUGUCCCAGAACCCCCGAUACACCAAACAGUGACCCUCGUUUCCCCACCAGCAACAGAUUGAUGGCCUUAAAAAAACAGUUGGAUAUAGAACUGAAAGUAAAACAAGGAGCUGAGAAUAUGAUCCACAUGUAUUCAAAUGGUUCAUCAAAGGAUAGAAAGCUCCUUGCUACAGCUCAACAGAUGCUUCAGGACAGCAAGACCAAAAUUGAAGUUAUAAGGAUGCAGAUUCUUCAGGCAGUCCAGACUAAUGAAUUGGCUUUUGAUAAUGCAAAACCUGUGAUAAGCCCGCUUGAACUUCGAAUGGAAGAACUGCGGCAUCAUUUUAGGAUAGAAUACGCAGUAGCAGAAGGAGCAAAAAAUGUUAUGAAGUUGCUUGGAUCUGGAAAAGUUACUGACAGAAAAGCACUCUCAGAAGCUCAAGCAAGAUUUAAUGAAUCAAGCCAGAAGUUGGACCUCUUAAAGUAUUCAUUAGAACAAAGGCUGAAUGAACUCCCUAAAAACCAUCCCAAAAGCAGUAUUAUCAUAGAAGAGCUUUCGCUUGUUUCAUCACCAACACUAAGUCCACGGCAAAGCAUGAUAUCUAACCAGAAUCAAUACAGUACUUUAUCGAAGCCAGCAGCUUUAACAGGUACUUUGGAAGUUAGACUCAUGGGUUGCCAAGAUAUUCUGGAGAAUGUACCUGGACGAUCAAAAGCCACAUCCAUUACGCUACCUGGAUGGAGUCCGAGUGAAGCCAGAUCAUCUUUCAUGAGCCGAACAAGCAAAAGUAAAAGUGGGAGUAGUCGAAACCUUCUGAAAACAGAUGAUCUGUCCAAUGAAGUCUGUGCUGUUUUGAAGUUGGACAAUACUGUGGUUAAUCAAACUAGCUGGAAGCCUAUUUCCAAUCAGUCAUGGGAUCAGAAAUUUACACUGGAGCUAGACAGAUCACGUGAAUUAGAAAUUUCGGUUUAUUGGCGUGAUUGGAGAUCUCUGUGUGCAGUGAAGUUUCUACGGUUAGAAGACUUCUUAGAUAACCAGCGGCAUGGAAUGUGUCUCUACCUUGAGCCCCAGGGCACUCUAUUUGCAGAGGUUACAUUUUUUAAUCCAGUUAUUGAAAGAAGACCAAAACUUCAAAGACAAAAGAAAAUUUUCUCCAAGCAGCAGGGCAAAACAUUUCUCAGAGCUCCGCAGAUGAAUAUUAAUAUUGCCACUUGGGGAAGGCUGGUGAGACGAGCGAUUCCUACAGUAAAUCAUACUGGCACCUUCAGCCCUCAAGCUUCUGUGCCUGCCUCAGUGCCAGGAGUUGAUCCUCACAUUCCUGAACUAGCAUCACCAACUUGUGGCUCUCCUGUAACCAAAUUGGAAUUUGAACUUGAACCCGAAAUCCCCCUCACUCCACCACGUGUGUCUUCUCUUGGAGAAAUAAGUGAACCUUCAGCUGAGCUAAAAGCUCCAGCUACACCUACUCAGAUUUUUUUUCUUCUACACAUUUCACAGGAUGCAGAAACGUAUGAUUUUGAAAAUGACAGAAAUAAUUUUGUCCCCAAGCUUCAGCCGGAAAUUAUUUGUGAGACUCAGAUUUCAAACUCUGAUAUAGAGUAUAUACGAGAGCCCGAAGAUCGAAUACAACAGAGAUUUCAGUUUAGUUUACAAGACUUCCGAUGUUGUGCUGUACUAGGCAGAGGACACUUUGGAAAGGUCCUGUUGGCAGAGUAUAAAAAUACAAAUGAAAUGUUUGCUAUUAAAGCCUUAAAGAAAGGAGACAUUGUAGCUCGUGAUGAAGUAGACAGCCUCAUGUGUGAAAAGCGAAUUUUUGAAACUGUGAACAACGUAAGGCAUCCCUUUCUGGUGAACCUCUUUGCUUGUUUCCAAACCAAAGACCAUGUGUGCUUUGUAAUGGAGUAUGCAGCUGGUGGAGACCUCAUGAUGCAUAUUCACACUGAUGUCUUUUCUGAACCGAGAGCAGUAUUUUAUGCUGCAUGUGUGGUUCUUGGACUACAGUAUUUACAUGAACACAAGAUAGUUUAUAGGGAUUUGAAGUUGGAUAACUUGUUGCUGGAUACAGAAGGUUUUGUGAAAAUAGCUGACUUUGGUCUCUGCAAGGAGGGAAUGGGAUUUGGUGACAGAACAAGUACAUUUUGCGGCACUCCAGAAUUUCUUGCUCCAGAGGUGUUGACAGAAACAUCCUAUACAAGAGCUGUAGACUGGUGGGGUCUUGGUGUGCUCAUCUAUGAAAUGCUUGUUGGUGAGUCUCCCUUUCCUGGAGAUGAUGAAGAGGAGGUUUUUGACAGUAUUGUAAAUGAUGAAGUAAGAUAUCCUCGGUUCCUUUCUACAGAAGCCAUCUCGAUAAUGAGAAGGCUACUGAGGAGAAAUCCAGAGCGGCGCCUUGGUGCUGGUGAAAAAGAUGCUGAAGAUGUUAAAAAGCAUCACUUUUUCCGGUUGAUUGAUUGGAAUGCGCUGCUUGCCAAGAAAGUGAAGCCGCCUUUUGUACCAAUCAUAAGAGGAAGAGAAGACGUUAGCAAUUUUGAUGAUGAAUUUACCUCAGAAGCACCUAUUCUCACUCCACCACGGGAGCCAAGGAUACUUUCAGAAGAUGAGCAGGAAAUGUUCAGAGACUUUGACUAUAUUGCUGAUUGGUGUUAAUCCCUUAGACACUGUGAAAUCCUAGCUGACUGGCUCAUGAGAACAGCAUCUCCCCCCACCCCAAGAAGAAUACCAGCCUUUGGAUUGGUCACUGUGCUGCCUAUAACUUCUGAUUUUUAAAUCACAUGAAGAUUUUUAAAAGUACUGUUUUUAAUACACAUGAGGAGUGGCCUCUCUUUGUAUAUGUAUAUAUAUUUUUUUAAUCUUGAGCACUGGAAAGCAAUUCUGUGCAGCUCUUUUAAGCUGAAUUGGUGGGUACAGGCAGUGUUCCACUCUCAUACAGGAACUCUUGUGCUGUAUCUUUUCUCUUCUGCAGCCGAAAACAUGGAAAAAGGCCUGCCAAGAAGCAGGACAGCCACCAGACACUGAGCUAGACUGAUAAUCAUCUACCCAGGUUUGAUUGGAAGAAGGCAAAAGCUGUCCAUUUUUAAAAGUGAAAAUUAUAACCUCCAACAUUAUGUAGCCCUAAAGACUGUUAAGCACACUAUUGACUAAGAUUUUUAUAAUGAUGAGGAUUAAGAACUGGUGCCUUGUUUAAGUAAACUUCCUCUGGUAUUUAUUAGGGGGAAAAUGUUUUCAAGCCUUAUCGAUGCAACAACAGUGUAAGUGCUUCCAUUUUGAAAAAGAGAGGACCAGUCCUGAAAAGUUUACCAAAGUCACUUGCCAAACAAUUUUUGCCUUUAACCUCUUUAAACACUGUUCAGAAAUAACCAGCAGAGAUGAAGAAUGUAAUGAAUACGAAUGUCUCUUCAGUCUUAACCAGGAAUUCUUCUAAUGUAUGCAUUCCCCCAAAUGCAAUCACUGUUCUGUACUUUUAAAGUCCCGUCUCUUUCCCCACUUUGGAUAGAUUAUUGUAGCAAAUCAGUGUAUCUAGCUAUCUCAUUCAUCUUACAUGUGCUGAUUUGGUAUUGCCAUAUCAACUUUAGAGAAUGAUGAUUUCCGUUGUAUACAUGCGGUAUACAUGUAUAUUUGAAACAUAUAGUGUGUGUUUCAGGAGUGUAGGUUAAUUGUACCACUUCCAUUAGGUUUGUCCAGUGGCCAUGUGAAUGUACUGUUAAAGCCAGAUUUAAUGUGGGGGGUGGGGAGACACACUUGUAUACAUUUUAAGGCCACUGAAUUCCAGAACCCUCAUUGGCAAUUACUGAGAAAAAGGGUAAAAGCAAUAUGUUAAGAGAAUGUAUAAAUAUUUUUGAUAAAACAUGUAUAUUUUAAGCCUCUUAAUCACGAUGCUGUACCUCAAAAGUCAAAAUGUCUUUGACCAGACACUGUGUGCUCCUUACAGACUUAUGUAGUUCUUGUCAAAUAUUCUGUAAAAAUAUUUUAAGUCUGUGGAAAAUAACAUUCCACUUUCCUUAGCUUAUUAACACUACAUUCUGGGAUCGGCCUUUCCCCCAACCAGCCCAAAAUAAAGAGUUUAUAGUGUAAGGUUUAAAUUAUCUCAUAGAAACUUGCUGCUCUUUUGAGAAUCUCAUUCUAUACAAGACAAAAUAGUGAUUGCUUAACAAUGAAUAGAGAUAGUACAUUACUAUGGUGUUACUGCCAGAGCAUGAAUUUCUCCCAGUAUGUUACCUUUUGAUCUGAAUCAGAUAUGCUACCUUCCCACUCACCCACCCCUAUUAAAUGAGGCCUGCCAGGAUAGAUGUAUUAUCAUUAGCAUAAUGUAGUUGUCUAAGGGGCAACAGUAGGAGACACUAAAUAAGAAAACAUGAAUAUAUGUGUAUAGCCCAUGAUUAAAAUAUAUAUAUAUAUAUAGCAAAAUUCAGCAUAUUUACAAGAUGCUAAUUUGCUAUUCCUCUCCCAUAUCAAAUAGCUAUAUCCCAAUUGAACAAAUUAUUAUACACCUGAGGUACAGUCUGCUAGCCCUUUUUAUUCCCAAAUUAUAGAUCUACACACAGCUGGGUCCCACAAGGGUGCUUCAGAUUUAAAAUCCUAUAGAAAUAAUGUUUUUUGUAAGUACAUCUUGUACAGAAAUAUUUGUAAUCUAAGUAAAUCUCUAAAAACUUUAGAGGCAGGGUAUGUUCACACAGUUAAGCUGAAAGAAAGCACUAAUUUUAUCUAGUUUAAAAAAUAUUUAGCAAAUUAAGAUUUUAAACUCUAGACUGUAAAUAUAUUUUGCUAUUCUUGUAUGUGGCUGCUGAAGCACUUUGUAAAGAAAUUAGGAGAUUUUAGAAUGGUACACUAUGCAUUAAAAUGAAAUGUGCCUUUUAACAAUGCCGUACUAAACUGUCUUGCAGUUAACUAUCACAAAUUAAAGUUUAGUGAAAUUUGUAUAUGAAAACAUGAUUGACUGAUUGAAUCCUAUAAUCUUGUGUUAUUUGAUCUUUUUCUAGAUAAAAUUAUCCUUAGAACUUU